AUGAGGUACGCAUCGGCGUAUAUAGAUACUUGUUCCAUCCGGAGCAACUCAUCACAGGGAAGGAAGACGCCGCUAAUAACUACGCCAGGGGUCACUAUACCAUUGGGAAGGAAAUUGUUGACUUGGUUCUGGAUCGUGUCCGCAAGCUGGCGGACCAGUGUACUGGUCUACAGGGAUUCCUGAUCUUUCACUCGUUCGGAGGUGGCACUGGCUCCGGCUUCACCUCACUGCUGAUGGAACGCCUCUCUGUAGACUAUGGCAAGAAGAGCAAGCUGGAGUUUGCUAUAUAUCCUGCCCCUCAGGUUGCUACAGCUGUAGUGGAGCCUUACAACUCGAUUUUGACGACGCACACCACGUUGGAGCACUCUGACUGCGCCUUUAUGGUCGACAACGAGGCUAUCUACGACAUCUGUCGGAGAAAUCUGGACAUCGAGCGUCCCACUUACACUAACCUCAACCGUCUCAUUGGUCAGAUCGUGUCGUCCAUCACUGCCUCUCUUAGGUUCGAUGGAGCUCUCAAUGUCGACCUGACGGAGUUCCAGACUAACUUAGUACCUUAUCCACGUAUCCACUUCCCCCUGGUGACCUACGCUCCGGUUAUCUCCGCCGAAAAGGCAUAUCACGAACAACUGUCAGUGGCAGAGAUCACGAACGCUUGCUUUGAGCCUGCCAACCAGAUGGUUAAAUGCGAUCCACGUCACGGCAAGUACAUGGCUUGCUGCCUGCUCUUCCGUGGGGAUGUGGUGCCCAAAGACGUGAACGCCGCCAUUGCUUCCAUCAAAACCAAACGAACCAUCCAGUUCGUGGACUGGUGUCCAACAGGCUUCAAAGUUGGCAUCAACUACCAGCCACCUACAGUAGUACCAGGUGGGGACCUAGCCAAGGUAUCACGUGCAGUAUGUAUGCUCUCCAACACCACCGCCAUUGCUGAGGCCUGGGCACGGCUCGACCAUAAGUUCGAUUUGAUGUAUGCCAAGCGAGCCUUCGUCCACUGGUAUGUGGGUGAGGGUAUGGAGGAGGGCGAGUUUACGGAAGCUCGCGAGGACUUAGCCGCCCUCGAGAAAGAUUAUGAGGAAGUCGGAAUGGACUCUGCUGAAGAAGAAGUAGAUGAAAAUGAAUAUUAAACUCAAAUAAGAGAAGAACAGUCUGUGAGACGUGUCACUGACUUCCUGUGUUUACAUCCAAGAGACAAGACUUGCACACAAGUAUCCUAGAAACUCACUAUGUAUCGAGCACACCUUGACUGUACUUAACGUUUUCAACUUAAACAGAGCCUAAUCAAGAUGUGUUUACAACGGAACUUUAUAAAGAAUAGUUUGCUCUGAUCAAUAGUGUUUUUCUCGCACACCUGUUUCCCAGUGCAGUACACAACACGUCCAAGGUCCUGACCUUCACCAGUGGUACCUUCUCUCUUCACCAUCACCACUGCCGAAAUCAUUUCAUGAAUUUCCGAAAGGGAAAUGAUGUGUGCUCAUUAUUGCUUCAUUAUCACUCUUGAAACACAACAAAUUUGCAUCUUAUCAGCAAAUCAAGUUAAUAAUUAUUUUAAAAAUCAUCUUGACUCUAAAGAAUUUUGAUUUGCAAAACAGACAUCAGAGGUUUUAAAACCAAAAUCCUGCAAGACAUCAGAGGUUUUAAAACCAAAAUCCUGCAAGACAUCAGAGGUUUUAAAACCAAAAUCCUGCAAGUAUAAAAUCUCCCUUUACUUGAAAUAAAAUCUGCCUAUACUUAUCUGCAUUGCCAUCUAUAUGUUGCCUUACAAGCGCCAGGGAUACUUAUAACCAUAUUUCUUAAAGGUGUGGAGAGGUAGGCCAGUGGAAGGCCUCGGUCAGAUGACCAAAAGCUACAGUUGUGGGUCAUCAUGUGACUAAGAUCCGCGUCAGGAAACACUUGUUCUGUUUGCUGACAAACCUUACCUAACACCAGUGACAUCAAUAUUCACAAUAACAUCCAAAUCUAUAGAGUCAUAAUUCUAUGAUGUCACCCACUGAAGAUGUCUCCCACUGACGCUGAUGUCACCCACUGAAGAUGUCUCCCACUGACGCUGAUGUCACCCACUGAAGAUGAUGUCACCUAUUGAAGAUGAUGUCUCCCGCUUAAGAUGUCACCUACUGAAGAUGAUGUCACCUACUGAAGAUGAUGUCUCCCACUGAAGAUGUCACCUACUGAAGAUGAUGUCACCCACCGAAGAUGAUGUCACCUACUGAAGUUGAUGUCACCCACUGAAGAUGAUGUCACAAUAAAAUAUCAACCAACGCUUUUUCUUAUUUCAAAAUCAUAAAAAUUACUUUUGAUAUAUUGAAAUAAAAAUAUUCAAUUGGAAA